AUGGGGGACGCCGGGGUGGCCGUGGUGUCACACGCCGGGGUGGCCGUGGUGUCACACGCCCUGCUCUGCGUCACCAGCCUGGGCUGCGCCAUCGCCGCCAGACAGGUGACCCCAGGCCCGGCCGCCGGUUUCCUCCUGCAGGCCCUGGUGGCCGCCAGCACCGCGAUGUCCCCUCUGUGUCCCCUCGAUGUCCCCAACGCGCCACCGCCGCCGUCCCCUCAAUGUCCCCACGAUGUCCCCAAGGCGCCACCACCACCGCCGUCCCCUCAAUGUCCCCACGAUGUCCCCAAAGCACCACCGCCGCCGUCCUCUCCGCGUCCCCACGAUGUCCCCAAAGCGCCACCACCACCGCCGUCCCCUCAAUGUCCCCACGAUGUCCCCAAAGCACCACCGCUGCCGUCCUCUCCGCGUCCCCACGAUGUCCCCAAGGCGCCACCACCACCGCCGUCCCCUCAAUGUCCCCACGAUGUCCCCAAAGUGCCACCACCACCGCCGUCCUCUCUGCGUCCCCACGAUGUCCCCAAGGCGCCACCACCGCCGUCCCCUCAAUGUCCCCACGAUGUCCCCAAGGCGCCCCCGGGCUCCUGGAUCUGCUCGGUGCUGUCCCAGCCCUUGGUGGCCUUCGGGUGCCACCGCCUGAGCGGUGACGGCGCCAGCGCCGGGGUCCUGCUGGCCUCGGGGACCGCGGUGGCCGCGCUGGCCGCGGCGUGGCCGCGCUUCGUCGCCGAGGGCCACUUUGUCCCCGCGGGUCACUUUGUCACCGCGCUGACGGCGGCGUCGCUGCUGGCGCUGGCGGCGCUCACCGGGAGCGUCACCGGGGCGGCGGCGGCGGCGCUGGUGGCACUCGGGGACGCGGUGGCACCGGGCGCUGUCCCCUGGGUCAGGGUGGCGGCCAGCGCGGCGCUGCUGGGGACGCUGCGGGAGCAGCGCAGGGGACACUGGGGACACCAAUAA